AUGAAUUUCAAUAGAAAAACAAAUGACCAACAAAAACUCCGCAAUCAACAAAGACGUUCGAUUGCUGAAGGCAUGGCUUGCACAGCACCGACCUGUACUGCUUUUGUCGAAGCCAUUGGUCUCUUGUGUGAGACAGUUUCAGCUAGUGAAGUAACAACAAAAGCAUUAUCGUCAAUAUCAAAUCAAAACAUGGCAGCGGCGACCAGUGGAAAUCGUAAUAAUGAAGCAUUACCGAAUUCUCAAGAAUCAUCCAUGUCCACCCGACGAAGUACGGCCUCGCAUUUAUUUUCUGUUGAUUCAACAUCAUCAUCAAAUUCAAGUAGUAAAAAUCUUUCAGCAAGUUCUUCAGCUCUAUCUCCAUUUGUUGAAAAAAAACAAGCCAUUGCCCGUCGUGGCGCAUUGAGACAGAAAAAUAUUUAUACUGUUAAAUGUCAUCAAUUUAUUCCAAGAUUUUUUAAAACUCCAACAUUUUGUUCACAUUGUCGAGAUUUUAUUUGGGGUUUUGGCAAGCAAGGAUUUCAAUGUCAAGUUUGCUCUCUUGUCGUUCAUAAGCGUUGCCAUGAAUUCAUCAGUUUCAUAUGUCCUGGCAUUGACAAAGGAGCAGAUUCAGAUGCUCCACGAAAUAAUCAUAAAUUUCUUAUUCAUACAUUUACCUCACCGACAUUUUGUGAUCAUUGUGGAUCGCUUCUAUAUGGACUCAUACAUCAAGGUCUUAAGUGCCAAAGCUGUGAUAUGAACGUUCAUAAGAAAUGUCAAACAUUGGUACCAGAUUUAUGCGGCCUUGAUCAUACGGAACGUCGAGGUCGAAUACAUUUACGUAUAACAUUUGAACGCGAAAGUAAAUUAAUUAUUGAAGUUAUCGAAGCAAGAAAUUUAAUACCAAUGGAUCCAAAUGGUUUGAGUGAUCCAUAUGUUAAAAUAAAAUUGAUUCCAACAACAUCAGGCGGAAAUAAAAAGCACCACUUCAGUAAAUGUAAAACAAAAACAGUGCGCGCAACAUUGAAUCCUCAAUGGUUUGAAAAGUUCACAAUUGACUUGACUGAUGAUGAUAAAGAUAAACGAUUAUUAAUUGCUGUUUGGGAUUGGGAUAGAACUUCGAGAAAUGAUUUUAUGGGUUCACUUUCAUUUGGUGUUACUGAAUUAAUGAAAGAAUCAGUUGGCGGUUGGUUUAAAUUAUUAACACAGGAAGAAGGUGAAUUCUAUUCAGUACCAGUACCAAGUGAAGAAGGUUUAAAAAUGCCGAUCAAACCACCAACUAAAUCUAGUAAUGUUAGAGAAGCAAGCUAUCGUUCUGAUACAUCAACUGGUGGAAGUAUUCAUUCGAGCGAUCAAACGGUAAUGCGUUCCAAUUCCCAAACACAAGCAGUUAAAGUCACAGAUUUCAAUUUUAUCAAAGUGCUUGGUAAAGGCUCAUUUGGCAAAGUUGUUCUCGCCGAACGUAAAGGAGCCCCAGACGAAUUGUAUGCAAUAAAAAUUCUUAAAAAAGAUAUUAUCGUACAAGAUGAUGAUGUUGAAUGUGUAAUGAUUGAAAAGCGAGUGUUAAUGUUAAAUGACAAACCAAAGUUUCUUGUACAACUUCAUUCAUGUUUUCAAACAGUGGAUCGAUUAUAUUUUGUUAUGGAAUUUAUUAAUGGAGGUGAUCUUAUGUAUCGUAUUCAACAUGAAGGAAAAUUUAAAGAGCCAGUUGCAUGUUUUUAUUCAGCUGAAAUUGCAGUUGGUCUUCUCUUCCUUCACAAACUGGGCAUAAUCUACAGAGAUCUAAAAUUAGAUAAUAUUCUAUUGGAUAGUGAAGGACAUAUUAAAAUAGCCGAUUUUGGAAUGUGUAAAGAGGGAAUAAUUAAUGAUAGAAAAACAUCAACUUUUUGUGGAACACCAGAUUAUAUUGCUCCAGAAAUCAUUUUAUAUCAAAAAUACGGUAAAAGUGUUGAUUGGUGGGCAUAUGGUGUAUUACUCUUUGAAAUGCUUGCUGGUCAACCACCAUUCGAUGGAGAAGAUGAAGAAGAACUUUUUACUGCUAUCACAGAUCAUAAUGUAUCGUAUCCAAAAUCGAUGUCAUUUGAAGCUGUAUCGAUUUGCAAAGGAUUAAUGGCUAAGAGUCCUCAAAAAAGACUUGGUUGUCAUCCAGUCGAUGGUGAACGUGAAAUAAAAGAUCAUUCGUUUUUUCGACGUAUCGAUUGGCUGAGAAUUGAAGCUCGUGAAUUGCAACCUCCCUUUAAACCGAAAAUUGCAAGCAAUAAUGAUACAUCAAAUUUUGAUGAAGAAUUUACUAGUGAAUCUAUUCAAUUAACGCCUUGCGAUAAACAACUUCUUCUGAAUAUUGAUCAAACUGAAUUCGCGUCAUUUACAUAUAUAAAUAAUGAAUUUGUUAUUGCAUCACCAUUUACAAGCACAAGUGUAUGA